GUUAUAAGAAGGAAGAAGAAGAGAAAGGAAAGUUGUCAUUAUUUGAAGAAAACAAAGAAUAAAAACAUGAAAAUAUAACGUACACAAACUUAACAUUAAAUCCCCCUCAAACCAAAGAGCAUCUUCUUCUUCUAUAUAUUCUCUUACCUCUUACCAUACUUGAACAACAACAACAAAUAUAUGUAUAUAUAUAUAUAUGUUACAUUAUUACAUUCUCUAUUCUUAUCACUUCUUCACAUUGUUUUUCUUUUACUCUCUAGACUAAUCCGCCUUUUUUCUUUCUGAUCUCUCUCUUUCAUCAUCACAGUGUUAUUCAGGAAGAGAAAAACAUGUCAAACAAGAGGAUUUGUGCCCCAGAGAAUGUAGCAUUGAAUGGGGUGAGAAGUGAGGAUGAAAAGGCAUCAUCAGACGACGAUAGCUACUUACCGGGUCUUCCUAAUGAGUUGGCCUUACAAAUCUUGACAUGUCUCAGCAGAUUAGACUACCCAAUAUUGGCUUGCUUGAAUAACAAGUAUAAGUCCUUGAUUGGAAAUGAGUACUUGUAUAAGUUGAGGAGGCAAUCUGGUCUCACUGAGCAAUGGAUUUACAUAUCUUGUUCUCUUGGGCUUUGGGAGGCAUUCGAUCCAAAAACAAGGAGAUGGAGGAAUUUGCCAAAGAUGCCAUGCGACUAUUGUUUCAAUUGCGCUGACAAGGAGUCUCUUGGUGUAGGGACAGAAUUACUUGUAUUUGGGCGUGAGAUUCCUGGACUUGUUGUGUGGAAGUAUAGCUCACUAAGUCAUGCAUGGUCUAAAAACCCGCCUUUGAAUUACCCUCGUUGUUUGUUUGGUUCGAGUAGUUAUAAAGAGAUUGGUGUUCUAGCUGGAGGGUGUGACCCAGUAGGUAAGAUUGUGGAUUAUGCUGAGCUUUACAAUUCUGAACACGGUACUUGGCAGGUUUUACCGAAUUUGAACAGAGCACGAAAAUUAAGCUCAGGAUUCUACAUGGAUGGGAAGUUUCAUGUGAUUGGAGGCAUGUCAGCGGAGGGAAAGAACUUGAAUUGUGGCGAAGUGUAUGACAUGAAAAAGGAGAAAUGGAGUGUAAUUGAGAACAUGCACCCUCGUCCAAUGGUAGGAAAGGAGGAGUCUACUAUGCGUUCUCCACCUUUGGUUGCGGUAGUAAAAAACGAGUUGUAUUAUGCGGAUCUAGUUACAAACACUAUGAUGAAGUACAAAAAAAGUGACAACACAUGGAAAAUGGUGAAGAUUUUGCCCCUGAGGGCAAAUGCUGUCGAAGGUUGGGGCGUGGCAUUCAGAGGUUGCGGGAACAAGCUGGUAGUGAUUGGAGGAGCGAACCACGCAAAUCACGACAACAAAAUGAUUUUAAUGUACUCUUGGGAACCAGAUAGGGAUGAGGAUUGGAGCAUGGAUUGUAUAAGGUAUGGUGUAGGAUCUUUUGUGUACAAUUGUGCUAUUAUGGGAUGUUAAAACAAGUAUGUUAGUACUUGUUGGUACUUUGUUUUCUAUUUCUAUUGUUUAAGUAAGUUAAUAAACACAUAGACAUAGUAUUUCGUUUCCUUUAGUUUUCCUUGUUAGAGGCUUUUAGAAAGCCAUAAACCCAAGAGUUGUUGCCCUCUAAUUUCAAGAGGCUCUUUAUUUCUUUCUUUUUAAUAAUUAUGAAGUGUUAGUUUUUGUUUAAUUACUAUGAUUAUCAUUGUUGCUGUUAUUGAAAUUAAACUUUUAUUAACAACAAUCAGA